CUGUUUCGACCGCGGACAGACAGCAAGUAGACCGGUUUGAAGCUAAGCUAAUUCGGUUAAUGUACAUCUGGUACAUGUAUAUUUUUGGACGUGUUUUAGUCUCAAUACAGACGCGGAUCUGUUUUCGAAAAUUCAGAACUAUCCGUGAAUGUUUUUGGCCGUAGGCUAACGAGCUAAGCUAAAGGUUUAUUUUUGAUAAAUCGCUUCGGUGCUGCUAGCUAAAAACAGGCAGUGGGUAGGCGCCACUUCACGUCCUCUCACUGUUUUUGUUUUUGUAGCGCCUUCUUGAACCAGAUCACCGGUCUGAGCAGCGAAACAAAUAACACGUUUGGUUUAAAAAAAUAAAUAAAUAAGCUAGCAUGGCAGAGUUUCUCGAAGACCCGUCAGUCCUCACGAAAGAUAAACUGAAGAAUGAGCUCGCAGCGAACAAUGUGCCUCUUCCGAGCGGAGAGCACAAGAAGGAGGUUUAUGUGCAGCUGUAUCUGAAGAACCUGACGGUGCUGAACAACAAGAAGAGCCCGCCUGCAGACACUUUCUCCAGCGACGAAGAGUUGCCUGCCCCGGUGGUGUCCAACAGAAGUCGCUCUGGAAGAAAAGCUACCAGAAAGACUGAUAAGCCCCGCACUGAGGAGGUGGAGGUGACAGAUCUCACUGAUGAAGAGUUAAAACAACAGCUGGCAAAGCAUGGUGUGGACACUGGCCCCAUUGUUGCCUCCACUCGUAAGGUGUAUGAGAAGAAGCUGCAGAAGCUUUUAGACGAGCCUGCAGCUGAGCCGGACGCUCCUACAGAUGUCACAACUCUCCCCAAAGUAGACAGCAACCAGAACGGCAACACAAACUCUGACCAGUAUAGUGACAAAGAAGAUGAGGAGACUGCUGCCCCUGAACCAGAACCAGUUCCUGUGGUGGAGAAGUCUGUGAGGAGCAGAGGGAAAACUCCCGUCACCGUCAGAACCAGCAGCAGACGACAAACCAAAGUGGUGGUGGAGGAGGUUGUUGUUUUUGAGGAGACCCCAAAAAAGACCAGCAAAAGUGUGGUUGAAGAUAUCCUUGCCAAUGAAAUAAGCACACCAACAGGCAUCAGUGCGACUUGCAGGCGUCCAAUCAGAGGAGCAGCUGGCCGGCCUUUAAAACCCAGUGAGUACUGGCUGGACGAGUCCCGCAUGCAGGGCAGCAUCCGCACAGAGAGCCGCACCUACUCCGAGUCGUUCUCCCAGCCGAGCGCGUCCGCCUCCUCGAGCAAAGCUCCCGCCCGGCGAGGCUUCCUGUCGCUCCUGCUGAAGCUCCUGCUCCUCGUGGCGGUGGCCGCCUCUCUCUACUACGCCUACCAGAACCUGAGCCCUGAUCAGAUCAGCACCCUCAGAGGCCUCCUGGACAGCGUGAUUGUCCCAGUCCAAAGCGCCGUGGAGACGGCAGCCACCUCCCUGGGCAUCGGUGGCGGCGGCGCCGAGAACACUGGCAACUAAAGACCCUCAGCGUUUCCACACCAUGCCCAGAUCACCUCCCUGCCACAGCAAACCACAACUUCAGCAGCGGACUUAUUUCGCUCUGUUUUUUUUUUUUUUUUCUAAACGUUUGGACGAGGAACACAAAUUUAAUUGGAACGAACUUCCUCUUGCCAGACUUCAGCUUUCCUCCCACCACAAGAGGGCAGUAUACUCGAGCAGUAGCUUCUGGAUGUGGCAGUCAGAAGAAACUGAUUUUAAAUGUUGAUUUUUCUUUUUUCUUAUAUAUAUUUUUUUAAAUCUGUGAAUCGUUUUUGUCUUUGUGCAUUUAAUCCUUAAAUGUAGAAACGAGCGUGAGCGGGAGAGGCCAGUUUACUUGUGCAUGGUUUGUAGUUCUUGGCAGUCAUACUGUAGUUUUUAACCAACGCUUUGUGUCAAGUGUUGUCCUGGAACGCUUGGACACGUCAGCACUUGACUCCCUCCCGUAUGUGUUUCUUUUUCUUCACAUACAAAGCAGCGCUUCUACUAAAAUCAUGUUUUCAUGUUUCUGUGAUAAAUUCCAAAAUUUUCUUUGUGGCUGUAGAGGUAGGUCGGUCGAGUGACUUGUUGUUUCCGUGGUGCUCAGGUUGAUUCAUUUCAGGUGUUCGGUGGUGGGAGGAGACGAAAUCAGAACAGCCGGUUAAAACCAUCUCUCCCAAAGGCUGGUCCGUGUUCAAACUGUGAUCAAGAAUAUUUACAAAUCAGUGAAGUGGAGAUUUAAUUGAUCAUGAAUUAAAGUUGGGGAAAAAGUUGACAUAAAUCCCAAGUAAAAGCGCUUGUUAGUAUUACUGUGUAUUUGACAGACUUGUUGAGGAGACUGAAAUUGCAAAAUGUGAUUUAUUAUUUUACUUUUUUGUCCUCUUAGCCAUUUUCAAGCUCUGGACUGUAGUGCUCUGUUGUCCGUCUUUUUUUUUAAUCUAUAUAUUUUUUAAAAAGAUUUCUGAUCCUUCGGUUCUCAGUAUGGGACUGGCUGCAGUGCACCCACAUAGCCCGCCUCCCGGACUGCAUGUACACGCAGUGCUGCGACGACGACGCGUUGACAGAAGUCACUCCCUUCAGGACAGUUUAACUCGAUUUACUCCUGUCAGUGCUUCACUUCUGCCUAAACAAAAUUAAAAGACAAUGUAGCUGAACGGGGUUUGGUUACCCAGCGGAUGAAAGGGGUCAUUUGCUGGAGGUGAUGUCAGGGUGGAAAGUUUCCUGGGUCGUUCUGUUUCUAUUUUGAUAUUUUUCUAAAAAAAUUAAUAAAUAAAUGAGCGUAUUCAGCUUUUUAUAGAACAUUUUGAAGUAUCAAUUGAAAGCAAUAUGUGAUAAAACUGUUUCUUAAUCUGAACUUUGAUUAAAGACAAGUGACUGAUCAUCGGGCAGCUCUCCCACAGCAGACAUAUGACAGGGGUUAUGUGGGGAAGGAUUUUUAAUCUAUUUAUGUUCAUGUAGGCUGUGUGUCAUACAAUAAAUUUGUUUUUUUCUUUUA